AUGGGAAUGAAGACGUCGAUUCCUUUCCAAAGAAGCUCGCUUGAUCAUCUGAUAACUAAGUUAACAGAGUUUAAACCAGAUUCAAACGUGACGAACAUACCAAUACAGAAAUUUUUUGCGGAAGCUGGUAGAAAUAUUACAAUUCCUUGUCCUGGUGUUAGUGAGCAUACAAUGGUUGAUACAUUAACGUGGAAAACAUCUACGGGAAUAAUUGCACAGUAUGCAAAUCGAAUACCACUUGUAUAUAAUCAAAGGAUACAACUCCUUAUGGAUAAUUUUAGUUUGCAAUUUAGUCCAGCAAUUGCAGCCGAUACAGCUGAAUACAUAUGUCUUGUCAAUGGCAGGCAUAUAUCGGAAGCUAUAGUUGAUUUAUUAGUACAGGAUGUUCCAGAUCCUCCCGAGAGGCCUUUAAUAGUAAGUUUUACAUCGCGUUCAGUGAAUUUAUCAUGGGCGCAUUCACAAAAUCCCCGUAAUGAUCCAGUAUCACAUUUUAUUAUUGAAACUAGAGUUGGUGAGAAUGGACCAUGGGACCAAGUACCACAAAUUUUUACAAAAAAUAAUGCCACAUCAUAUCAGGUGACAGGCCUUAUACCAUUUACUGUUUACAGUUUUAGAACAUUAGCAGUAAAUAAAUUGGGUGUUAGUCCUCCGUCCAAAGAGUCUUAUUAUAUUGUAACACUCAGAGAAGCACCCACGGGAAAACCAACUACAACAGCUGCACAUAAUACAUCAUCUAGUUCGAUAUUUAUAUCAUGGAAGCCACCACCUGCCAGUACAAUACUUGGUGAAUUUUUAGGAUACAGAAUAACGUAUCGACCUCGAGACAAACAUACAAGUAAUGUUAGCGAAACUUACAUUCGAGAUAGUACUGUCGAGAGUUAUGAAAUUCAGAGUUUAUCAACAUAUACCCAAUAUUUGGUAUCUGUCCAAGUUUUUAAUCCAGAAGGACUUGGACCAGCAACAACAGUAUUAGUUAUGACUGAUGAAGGAGGUAAGCUAACAUGGUUCCAUUGUACACUGUUCAAAAUAGCUAUGUGGUAAAAAAAUUUCUUUUAAAUUUUUCAUAACAUAUUUUUAAAAAAAU